CCGCGCCUGCGCACCAGGAGGCGGUACCGGCUCCCCCCGCGCAGACGCCUUGCGGGACAAGAUGGCGGCGCCCGUAGACUUGGAGCUGAAGAAGGCGUUCACCGAGCUGCAGGCCAAGGUGAUAGACACGCAGCAGAAGGUGAAGCUGGCCGACAUCCAGAUCGAGCAGCUGAGCAAGACGAAGAAGCACGCCCAUCUCACCGACACGGAGGUCAUGAUGCUGGUCGACGAGACCCGCAUGUAUGAGGGUGUGGGGAGGAUGUUUAUUCUUCAGUCUAAAGGAGUGAUUCAUAAUCAGCUCUUAGAAAAACAGAGAAUAGCUGAAGAGAAAAUUAAGGAAUUAGAGCAGAAGAAGUCGUAUCUGGAGCGGAGCGUGAAGGAAGCAGAAGAUAACAUAAGGGAAAUGCUGAUGGCCCGGAGGGCGCAGUAGCUGUGUGGUUCCCCCCGGCUCUCCUGUGACCCCCUCUGGGUGGGUUUGGGCAGCUGUACUGGUGCUGUUCACCGCCGCCUCCCUGCACAAGCUCCCUUCUGGGGGAGUUUUAAUAAAACUCUGCUGUGAAGCUCAUU